AUGGCCGCACAACCCUCCCCAACAACCUCCGCCCAAGACAUCCAGACCAUCGCCGUCCUGUCCCUCUCAGGCACAACCGUCACAGCAACAGUCCCCCCAAGCACCUCCGGCGUCGCCGUCGUCGACGGAACGACAAUCUCCUUCCGCCACGAAGGCAUCACGCUCAGCGACGGCGAAGUCUUCUCCCUCGGAUUCGAUGGCCUUGUCGCAAGCACGACGACCGCGAGCUAUGAAUACGUAAGCGUUCCCGCCUCGCAGAGUGUCAAAUAUGAUUCGACGAGGCAUCCGACGGGCACGUCAGUUGUGGUGACGGAUAGUCAAGAUGUGACUUCGACCUUACCGCCGGAUACGCCUUUGUUACCUACCAGUUCAACUGGCAUGACGAGCAGCCCAGGUGUCCACGACGCUGAUGACGGGUUCGGCGACAGCUUCGUCUACCUCUUCUGGAUCUAUGACUUCUACCAGCAGUGGCUCCGAGAGCAUGACCACCAGCAUGAGUACGUCCGAGAGCAGUACUUCUGGCGCUCAAGUUGGAGCGGGGAAUACCAACGCGGCGCCUUUGACGACGAACGGUGGGAGUGGAGCGCCGGUGCAGGCGUCGAAUGUUGGGUUUGGGGGAUUGUUUGUUGCGGGGUUGGGGUUGUUGGUUACGUUUGGGGCGAUGGUUGGGUUGUGAGGUGGGAAAAGGGGGAGGAGGGGAUAGUCGCAGACUUCCUUUCGCCUUCAUGUGAUGAGGCGGUAAGCUUCGUUCUUCAAACGCUCGUCGAAUAUCUCUCAGCUUUUCGACUUUCUCACCCGAACAUCAUGGCGGAUAUGUGCAGUUUCAGCAGCUCCAGUAUUUUCGAAGAAUUGGAGAGCAGCGACCGACAAAGCAGCAUCACAUCUAGGAGAUCGUCUAUGGCAGAGCAACAUGGAGGAGUUCCUGUUCCACAAGAUCCAUGCCCUUCACGUUCCAAGCCGCUCGACAGGCCCACGAUGGCAGAAUCCCAGCCUUCCACCCCAAGAGCCCUGGAUCCAAGAGCUCCGUGCUUCGAGGCGACCAACUUCACAAACGACACCCGCUUGGUGCGCUUCACCAUCGGCCACGUCAAAGCCGCGUUCAUGGUGCACGCUCGGUUCCUCUCCAAGUCCUCCAUGCUCGUCAAGCAGCACCUGGGCCGCACCCGAAAAGAUCUCUCCGUCGUGGCUAUGCCGAGACUCAUCAACGUCUCACCGCCGACAUUCAACAUCUACGUCAACUGGCUCUACUCAGGACGCCUCUAUUGUCUCGAAGAGAACGACCAUGAAGAUGAAGACGGUGGCGUUCAGCUCAACCCCUCAAGUCCACACUACUCCUCCGCUGAAGACCCGCAAUUCAUCCUCCUCGCGCGCCUCUACGCCCUCCGCGUCCGCCUCCGAGACGCACACUUCCAAAACACCAUCCUCUCCGCGAUUCUCGCCAAAGUCGAAGACCCCGCCACGAGAAGCCUCCCGGGAAGCACCGCCAUCGAUAUCUUCUUCGAGAAGUGCGGGAAGGGGUCGGAGGGGAUGCUGGGGAGAGAGUUGAUGGUGAAGGUUUGGGUGAGGUAUGCGGGGGUUGUGGAGCAUUUUGGGGUUGGAAAUAGGGGGUUUUUGGAGGGGGAGGUUGGGGAGUUGAUGAGGGGGAGGAAGGAGGGGGAGGAGGGGAGGGAGGCGGGGUUGGAUAGGGGGAGGUUUUGUUUGCGUGUGUAG